AUGAUAAAAAGUUGGCAAUUUCGCAACAACACUGUACAACCUAGUUCACCUUCUACAACGCCAUCUACCUUUAAACACCUUAUCCCUUCUAUUUCAUUACUCAAUUUCCCCCUCUCGACGACAACAACUACUACCACCAACAAUAACAGCAAACCCGAUGACAGCAUUGAGGAUGACUCUUCUCUACCACCACCUCCUCCUUUAUUCGACUGUAACGAUAGUGACCUUAUCAAAGACACACAUUCUGAAUGUCCUCGUGCCAUACGCCCUGUACAAAUUUUGACGGAACGGCUGGAAGGAUGGCAAUUACUUGUAAAACAAUUAUACGACUACUUUGGACAAUUGGCUGCCACAGAGUCUCAAGUAGCAAAAGCCUAUGAGCGAAUGAAUCACUUUGGCCAACAAAAUGAUGAAAACAGCAACGAUCGAUCCACGUUCCUGGGAUCCCAUUUGACCUGCAUGCAUGGGAUCCGACGGAUUUGCAUGGCGUGGGAAACCCACCACGUUGACACUGCCAAAGGUCAUGCCAUGUUGAGUAACUAUUUGGAAAUGCACGUGAUUCCUACAUUGGCUACCAUGAAACGCGAGUUAAAAUCCAUGAUACGAUCCGUGCAUACCGACGAUCGACUUUGUCUAUCUACCCUUGCAAAGAUGAGAAGGGAGGCGAGAAAAAGGCUCCAACGACUUGAGAGGCAGCUCUCAUUUUUCGAACAAUAUCCACAACAUGGCCAUGCUAAACAAGAUCCAUGGCUUGUGAAUGCAGCGGUAGUACAACAUAUGCUAAAGGUGUAUCAUCAAACAAACAAGAUGCAUGAGACGAUCCUAAGACUCCAAAAAGAAGUCAUGAUCACCGAGCAACAAUUUAUUCAAGACUUUCGACAAUUGUGCCAGGACAUAUAUCAUGUGCGAGAACAAACAGCCUUAGGAAUCGAUCCUGGGUAUGAGAAAAUGAUUCAAGCAGUGGAAAGUGUCGCCACGGACGACGACUGGAACGAUUUUUGUGAGCAUUAUAAACAAGAUUUGAUAUCAGAGAAUGCCCGUUUUCUUCAUCCGGACCAACUCGAGUAUCCGAAUCAUACACAUCCACUUGUACAACCUUUAUUUGCUGCUCGCAUGGAACGUAAUUCCAACUUUUUGCAUCGAUGGCAUGAAUACAUUUAUGUCUUGACACCUGCUGGAUUCCUGCAUGAAUACAAAAGCAGUAGAUCUUAUCCAAACAAACCCGAUGCAUCGAUUUUUGUACCCCAUUACAACGUAUCCACAUUAUCCACGAAUCUACAUCAUAAUUUGAUAUUUCAAUUGCAAGCACAAGAACGACAUCAUUUGCAAGACUACAUGCCAGCAUCUUCAUCAUCGGGUGCAUCCACUGCAUCCUCUUCUUUAUCAUUUACAUCCGUUAUCAGUGAACCUCGAGGAAGCCGUCAUCGAUCCAUGAACUCAAAGACAUUAACAUUUCGCGCAAAGUCGGCAUCCGAUAUGCAAGCAUGGCUGGAGCAUUUGACUGAGCUCUCGUAUCGGUAUCGUCCUUCGGUUAGCUAUAGCGCACCGCCCUUUUCACAACCCACCAAUGCAACCAACCCCGAAGUACUCAUCACAUCACCUACCAUGACCGUCGUUGAUAAGCAACAAGUAACCUCACACGGUGAUAGCACUACUACUACUACUACUACUACAGAGUCGGCAACAUCAGAUGAAAAAGAAUCUCAACAACCUCAUCGUUCCAUCAUUGCACCCAUGAUUGUUCCUUCUUCUCAAGACAAAGACACGACGCAUUCCAAUGCAUCCAAUGACGACGUUGAUGAUAAAGCACCCUCCUCCUUGGUUGAUCAGCAACAACAUCCAUCGCCUAUCAUCUCAUCACCUCUCAGUGGAUGUCUCCAUGAAUCCCCCUCGUCAUCAUCAACCAAAGAACAAAAAAGACCUUUCAUGUUAAUGGGAGUAUGUUUACCAGAAGAUAUGCAAUCUUGA